GUAGAUCGCAAACCUUUAACCAGGAAGUUUAUUUCAGCCUGCACACAACAUGGCGACUACCGAGCUGAAACACGAGACUUUACCAGAUGAAGAAAUGCUCGGUGAUCUAGAAAAAAAUAAGAUCCGAGAGACUCCAGAAGACAUCAAGCAAGAGGCCAUCAUUAACACACUGGCUUUCCAUCCAAAAGAAGAUAUCCUUGCUGCUGGAGAUGUUGAUGGAGACAUAUAUUUAUACAGAUACUCAUGCGAAGAUGGGAAGAACAAAGAGCUGUGGUCAUCUGGGCAUCACCUGAAGUCCUGCAGAAAAGUUGCUUUCUCAAGUGAUGGAGAAAAAUUAUUUAGCGUGUCCAAAGACAAAGCUGUUCAUGUCAUGGAUGCAGUGGCUGGAAAACUUGUUACGCGCCUUUCUAAAGCCCACAGCAAGCCUAUUAAUGCCCUGCUGGUAGUUGAUGAGAAUGUGGUUGCCACUGGGGAUGAUGAGGGCACAUUGAAAGUGUGGGACAUGAGAAGAAGCACUUCAUUUAUGUCCCUGAAACACCACGAGGACUACAUCAGUGACAUAGCUGCUGAUUCAGCAAAGAGGACUUUGCUUACAUCCAGUGGUGAUGGAUCUAUGGGUGUGUUCAAUUUAAAGAGGAGAAGAUUUGAACUGCUCUCUGAAAUCCAGGAUGGCGAUCUCACUUCUGUGUCCAUUAUGAAGCAUGGCCGAAAGGUGGUGUGUGGCUCCAGCGAAGGGACGCUCUACAUUUUCAACUGGAAUGGAUUUGGUGCAACUAGUGAUCGAUUUGCCCUCCAGGCAGAGUCUGUAGACUGCAUUGUUCCAAUUACAGACAACAUAUUGUGUACUGCCUCUAUGGAUGGAGUCAUCAGGGCUGUCAAUAUCUUGCCAAAUCGGGUUGUUGGCAGUGUAGGGCAGCACAUCAGUGAACCUAUCGAGGAAAUAGCUUGUUCAUGGGACAAACGCUUUCUUGCCAGCUGUGCUCAUGACCAGCUCAUCAAGUUUUGGGAUAUUUCAAGACUCCUUGCCAUGAGUGUCAGCGAUUAUCGACAGCAAAAAAAAAAAGAUGGCUGUCUCAAGGCACUUAGCAAUAAAGCAUUUGGUGGAGUAGGGGACUUUUUCUCUGGACUACUUGACAGUAAUGACCCAAACAGUACAACAGAAGAGGCAGAGGACAGUGAUGAAGAUAAUGAUGGGGACAGUGAAAGAAACUAAGACGUUUCAUGUGCUCAAGCUUCUAUUAAUUGCAGUAGCCUAUUUUUUUAAUCUGUAUUAGCUGUACCAAAUUAGCAGUUAUUUACACCAGGAAGAAUCUAAUGAUGUACAUUACGGGUGCAUUAUACAUUGUUACUGCCUGUCUUCAAUGGAUACAUUACUGAUUCAAGUAAUUUUACUUUUGUCUUGUAACUACACUCAUUGGUCAUUUUAUCACGUAUAUCUACCUUAGAUAUGCUCUGUACAGGUAUUUAAUCACUGGCUGUAUCCUGUCUACUAUUAUGCAUAUCUGUAAAUGGAAAAUGUCAUCUCUUCUGCUAAUAACAAAUAACCCAAGCCUUAAAACUGUUCUUCAACUAACAAACUAGGCUAUUGUCUUUAUAAAGGUUAGGUUGGUAAGGAGCCUGUUUAAUAAAAUUGGUGGUAAAAGCA